CGCAAUGGCAUUCUGUAAUGUCGCCUUGUUCAUAUUGAUACUGCCAGUGGCAGUUCUAGCGAGCGAAAUUGAAAAGGGCAGCAGCAUUCAAACAGGUGAGUCUCUCAAGGCGGAUGAAAUCCUGAUCUCACCAGGGAAGAACUUUGGGUUUGGUUUCGUCAAUGACACUGGAGCUCCUGGUAAGUUGAAUGUUGCAAUCAGGGUCCGCUCCGUUGAGACAAUUAUCUGGACUGCCACUGCUCUCAAAGGAGUGACUGCAAAUGCCCAGCUUGUGCUUAAUGAAGCCCAAGGAUUGUUUGUGUUGGAUAAUGGGGUGGCUCAAGUCAUCGUGAGUUGCAAGAGCAGCAAUUGCUCUGGUGUGAGACUGGACAUGCAAGAUGAUGGAAAUCUUGUGCUCAAACACAGCAAUAAUUCAGUUUUGUGGCAAAGUUUCAACCUCCCGACUGAUACGUUGCUCCAAGAUCAGGUUUUCAAAGGCAGGCAAGCCUUGAUAUCUGGGAGAUACAGUUUGCAAAUGACUGAUGUUUCGGCACAGCUUAUAUUCUUGGCUGCUCCCGAGUUGAAGAAUUUAACAAGCUACUGGACGAUCCCACAGAAUCUGCCUUCAUCAUCAACUGGCUCAAACAACUCAACUAGCCAAAGUUCCAGGUUGGUAAUGAACUCGAGUGGCAUAGUCACCUUCACUGAUGCAAGCAACGUCUCAAACUACCAAUAUUCACUUGACUUCACCUUCGCCAAUACAAGAGUGAUGAGAAUGCUCAAGCUGGAACCCAGUGGAAACCUCCGGAUCUACGGCCUUUCAACAGACAACUCCUCGUGGAACAUCGUAUGGCAGGCAAUGCUUCUCGAGUGCCAAAUCCAUGGAGUGUGUGGACCUUUUGGUUUGUGCACAUAUGCUCCUAGGUCCACGUGCGUGUGCCCUCCUGGUUUUCACUUCAUCGAUCCACAAGACCAUCACCAAGGUUGCACUUACGACGUCCCCUUGCAACUUAGCUGCAAUGGCUCUAGUAAUCACCACGACUGGGUGCGCGUGGACAGAGCCAGCUACAAUGGCAACGAUUACGUGAAAGACCUGUCUCCCACUUCUCUGGAGGGAUGCAGACGCCGCUGUGACAGAGACUGUGGAUGCCUCGGCUUUGUAUACAGAGUUGAUCGUCACGGCACCUGUUAUACUAAAGGUCCAGCUCCAGGUGUGAUCUAUAAUGGUUUCCAGAUUCCCUCCGACGAAAUGGCUCCGUCUCUGGUGUUCCUCAAGGUCUCGACAGCUUCAAGGGUUCAACCCGAGGCUCCUCUUAAUGAGCUCUUCUCGACUAUCGUAAAUGCAACCAAUGUCAAGAGCUAUGCCGAGCUGAAACAAGUCCGAGAAGCUUUCAAACUUGUCAUUCCUGCGGCCAUUGCUGCUGCCGAGCUCUUGUUGUUUCUAGCAGCGGGAGUGAUCUGGUGGCUCUACACCGAGAAAAGGAUUAAGCGCUUGUCACAAGCUCUGGACCAAGUUGAUGGAGUAGUCACCAAGUUCACGUAUCACCAGCUUGAAGUAGCGACUGGCAAUUUCAAAGAUAAGCUUGGAGCUGGAGCAUUUGGCACGGUUUACAAAGGAGUCCUCGCAGACGGUACAUCUCUGGUGGCCGUGAAGAGCUUGAUGAUGGCUACUCAUGCAGAGAAACAAUUCAAGGCCGAGGUUGCAACAUUGGGAAAAAUCCACCACAUCAAUCUGGUUCGAAUGCUCGGAUACUGUGCCGAAGGAAGCCACAGGCUACUUGUCUACGAGUACAUGGAAAAUAGUUCCCUGGAAAAAGUCCUGUUUGCAGCGCAAGCGGACCAGGAUGGGAAGAAUAAUGAAACUCCAGGCCUACAAGCGGAUGAAGCGAGCUCCCAGGUACCUAAAACUUUGUGUGAAUGGAAAACAAGGUUGGCAAUUGCCUUGGGCAUCUCAAGAGGAAUCACUUAUCUCCACGAGCAGUGCCAGGAAUGCAUCAUCCACUGCGACAUCAAACCUCAAAACAUCCUCUUGGACGACAACUUCCGUCCAAAAGUCUCUGACUUUGGGCUCGCGAAGCUGAUGAAGCGAGAGAGUAGUGCAAACGUUACCACGGCGAGAGGCACUCGAGGAUACAUGGCGCCGGAGUGGAUCAGCAACGUUGCAAUCACUCCAAAGGUGGACGUGUACAGCUUUGGAAUGGUUCUGCUCGAGCUGAUGAGCGGCCGGGACAAGUUUAUGUUCACUCCCUCAGCCAUGAAUAGCGGGCGCUGGUACUUCCCAGUCUGGGCAUUUGAGCAGUGCGCAACGGGAAACAUGAAAUCGACAGCAGAUCCGAGGAUGGCCGAGACCAUCGACUGGGAGCAGUUCGAAAUGGCUCUUCGGGUUGCAUUCUGGUGCAUCCAGCCGGAACCGGAGUCCAGGCCCAGCAUGAGCAAAGUCGUCCAGAUGCUCGAGGAGAAUGCUCCAGUUCCAGCACCACCUCUCCCAAGAAUUUUCGAGGAUGGUGGUUCCGGAGGCGUGAGUCGAGAGUUAAGUGUGAUGUAUCCAAGCGAAUCAGGCCGCUGAACAGUGAAACAUAAUGUAUCCAAUAUCCCACCCUUGGGUAUAUGCAACACAAAUGGAGUUUUUUUAUCACCACAGAGGACCGUCUGCUUUGAUCCUUACAGAACCAAAACACCAAAACAAGAGAAGGUUGUGGUGGUGUAGACUAGGUAGAAUGAAAGAUUACAAGGCCAAGUGAACCAGGACAAGCAGUAGUUGCGUACCUUGAAAAUGCCCCUUGAGGCAAAUGCUGUACAUUUGUAAAGGAUAUAGAAUCUUUGAGUA